AUCUCACCAACUUGCAGUGAAAUGAGGUUAUUCCUCACUACACAGUCUGGUAACUUAGACACAACACAAAGUCUAAGUAGGUCUACGGUACAGUUGAACUGACCAACAGGUGUAUGAAACUGUUGAUUGGAUUUCGCAAAACAUGAAGGUAACACAAACUAACCUGCUUUCACAAUGCCCAAAUCUCCCCAGCGGCCUUGUUCCACCUCCUCUACUCUACUCUACUGUCCUCACCUCUCUAGCACUCCAUCUUAAUCCUCGGCAUCUUUUCCAACAUGGAUGACUUAUACUUUGAUAUAUUAUCUGGUGACGCCUUUCCUUCAUCGGACACUCCAUGUGCUUGUUCAUUCUGCACUCAUAUGGUCAGCGAUGUUCCAUGCGAAGACUGCCUUGAAAAGUGCAGCAAGCUUUGCUGGAAAUGCUGGCUUACAGUGAAGCUCCACGAAAAUACUGAAAAGCCGAACAAGUCAAACCUGGAAUUUGUGACUAGCCAAUAUCGACAACUGUCAGGCAGUCACUUCAUGUCACUAGAGCCGGGUCCUCUUGGUCUUACAAAACUGAAGAUAUCGCACCAGCCAGCUCUAGAGCAUUCAUUCUUGCCUGGCUAUGAGCCCAGUGACACGAGUAGUGAAGUCUUCUCCCCACUCGGUGACUGGAAUGAUGGAUAUUUCGAACAAUGGAGAAGAAGAGACUACCAGGAACAAAGUCGGAGAGGAAGCCUGGUAAGACCCAGGACUCUUGCCCAUACCACCCUCCAACAAUCUAGCCCCAAGUUUCCACUUUUGCAAUACAACGUCGGUCUUUAUGAACAUUGGUUUGACAAAUCCCACCAGGAGUAUCACGAAAAAAGCUAUAAGGAACAAGUGAAGAGACACGGCAUGGGGUGGUACGUCGAGCCAUGGGAGUAUCGUAUGCGAUACUUGUUGAACAUCGACUUUCCUUGCGUGAUUCGAUUGACGAGUCCAAAUGUUGACCACGAUGCGCCGCGUUACAUGACCGAAGUUUGGUUUUGCUUCGCCGGUAAACGAUAUUUCACAUUUUAUGGGAUGCAGCCUUGCGGAAUCUUAACAUUGCCCUAUGGUGCUAGGGCGAUUGCUUGGAAACGACAGAUAUGCAUCGAAUCCCCCAGCCUCUACAUAUGGUCAUUACACAUGUGGUCUAUACUUUCAGAUUUCGUCGCCUGGGCAUACCGUAGAUGUAUGGCGGUCGCCCAGAGAGCUCCUAGUCUUAUCCAAGGACUAGAAGAGGUAGAUUAGCUGAUCUCCUUUCCCGGUGAAUCGCCCCCACUGUAUAAUAGUUGAGAGUGAUAUUUGCAAAGCCUCCGAGUUCGCGAUGUCAAGUUUCCCUAACAUAAUUGAACGAGUACUUUCUGGCUGAUAAAGGUUGAAUAGUUAAAUGGUGAAUUCAUUUCGCCAUCUACCUAAUUCAUAUUCGGAGCGAUCUCCUACAAGGACAAUUCCGGCGUAGAAUAUGCCAUGUCGAGGUAAAGCCCAUAUCAUGGGAAAAGUGGCACGUCAUGCAUAACCUAUACCGCCUACUUAAGCACUUAUUUGGCACGUAUCUAUGGUGCUUGGGGUGAAGGAAGUUGGUAGAGAUCCUACCAAUGUUGAAAGUCUCGAGCACGGAGCCUCUAAUAUCGGCUAUCCUGUACGCCUGUAUGACCCUGCCGAGAUGCCGACGAAGCAGUAAAGAGAGGACAUCUCGCAGAAGCCCUAGACCUAGGUUACUGAUGUAGCUAGUUGCUAUAAAUGGAAGGGAAUAUAUCUGCCCUUCGGAUGCAGGGACGCUGGCGAAUAUAAACUCCUGGAUCGACACUGGUCCCUGUAUAGAUCAUUGAUGAUCUGCUCCCCUUUUAUGAUAUACACCUCGUUAUAGUUAGUU